UGUAUUAUUAAUAUAUUAACGUAACACCGCCGGACAACGAGAACGCUAAGUCUUUUUCUUCGACGCGACGUCGUGGUCCACGGGAUUUGGUAACAAAUAUAAUCCUCAGACAAUGCGCGCAACAGGUGUCCGUAUCAUUUAUCUGUAUUUUUCCAUCUACACUCGUAUAUGUCUCGCGAUACGCGUGUGUAACGACACAUUUCCCGGAAUACGAUUCCGAUCGGAAACCUAUUGUGUCCGAACUUUUCACGCGGGAUAAUUUCAAAAUUAGAUCAAUAAUCUACAGUACCCGGAUUUGGCGGAUUCGAGAACGCUGCAGAUUUGUACACGUGUUAGAAUGAUAAACAAAGUAUAUAUAUAUAUAUACAAUACAUACGUCGUGCCGAGUAUUUUUCACACACAACGCGCAACUCACAGUUUUAUUUUUCUAUGAUUUUGCAUAUUGUGUUUUAAGUCUCAUCCGAGAAGUAUGAUUAAUAAUGUGACAUUACAGCUCGGCCGCACGCAUUACGACGGUUGUUGUACGUGAGAUUAAAAUUAUAAUAACCGUACGAUAACUACCGCAGCCUAUCUGUAAUGCGUAAGAAAUGCUUAAGCUAUUAUACGUCGGCCCACAAUACAACGUAUUAUUAUCAUACGUAGUGUCGCCGGCCGAAUCCACCGAAACGAAUAGUUCCGCCACUAUUAUGAUAAUAAUACGGUUCAAUAUAUUAUAAUAUUAGAGAACGCAUAAUAAUAUUAAUAAUAUAAAAUUGUUAUAUUCGUCGGACGCUCUGUAGACACAUAUCUGCUUAUUCACAAUCGUUUAAUAAUUGAUCGAUAACAACAUAAAUGCCCAACAUUAUAAUAAUUGUUAUUAUUGUUAUACGUAUCGCCCGACACGACCGAUUUUCGUAAUGGAAUUAAUUGGUCGAUGUUAAAUCAAUAAGCGUCGGUGACGAACGGCGUGUGGUACGCUGCGUGAAAUCAUUCAUUUUAUCGUAACCGUAAUACGGUAGGAAAACCAAAAUCGUAUUGGAUCGGUUUGUGGUUUAGCGACAAUCGCCGUAUAAUUGUUAUUUAUUUAGUUUGUAAUGCGACAGCGGUUUUUUCCCGUUUCCCGGCUGUAGUUGUACGCGUGAUAUUAUUGCCGACGUUGAAUACAUUUCGUCCGCGUGAUAACCGUCUGCUGCAGUAUAUUUUCGUGGAACACGUCCGGUUCGGCCUUCAUGACGUUGUCUGCCGAAGACCGUCUUUAGAGGUACAUUAAACUACGCCUAUUGAUUUAUUCAUUCAAACGAUAUACGAAACAUCAUCAAAUUAAUAUAUACGUCGUGUGCGUCGUCAUUGACAACAUAUAUUUACGAUCCUCAACCAGUGUUAUAAGUCUGAGGUAGGCUUAGACAUCAUACUAUAAUGGGACAAUUUCCCUUGCCGCACGCAGUUACCGAUAUACGAUGCGGGAAUGAAUUAGAAUACGACCUCGUAGAAACAAAAGUCAAGUAUGGCAGAAAGGCUACUAUUGCUCAGUUAUUGGCUACGAUUGUUCAGAGUUUAUUACUGGUAAACGUUGGAAUGGAGUUGGCGAUGGCUACAGUAGUAAUCGGUUCACUUUACAAAAAUCCAAAAGCUGAAUUUGUACUGACUGAUACCGAAUCUUCUUGGUACGGAAGUAUACUUUAUUUGUGUCAACCGAUUGGGAGUGUACUGUCCGGAUACGCGCAAAAACACUUCGGAAAGAAGUCUUGCGUGGUUCUGGCUUGCGUUCCCAGCAUCUUCGGCUGGAUACUGCUGUGGUACGCAAACUCGGUUACCAUGUUGUACUGGUCGACCAUAACGAUGGGCAUGGGUUUGGGCUUCAACGAUGGCCCGGCGUACUCGUACAUCGGAGAGAUUUGCGAACCGAGACUCCGGGGAAUCAUGUCCUGUGUGAUAAACAUGGCGUGCCUAAUAGGCGUCUUGUCCAGUUACGGGCUGAGUUACGUUUUCCAAUGGAAGACCGUGGCGGCGAUGAGCGCCCUGUGUCCGGUCAUGUGUCUGACGCUAGUGACAUUUAUACCGGAAAGUCCGAUUUGGUUGAUAUCCAAAGGCAAAAACGAGAAGGCCAUGAACGCCAUUUGUUGGCUGAGAGGAUGGGUAGAGCCUCGUGUCGUUGCCAACGAGUACCAAGAACUGAUGUUUUAUUACAAGACGUCUUUAGACAAAUCAAAGACGAUAAGAGAUUCGAAAGGCACGUUUUCGUCGUUUUUAUGGAUCAAGAGUCCCUCGGUGUAUCGACCACUACGGCUGGUCACCGUUUACUAUGUAUUCACGUUAAUUUCGUGUCUGACACCCUGCCGCCCUUACAUCGUUAAAUUGAUGUACGAAUCGGGUGUGAAGGAUACCCACAGUAUAGCUUUAGUGCUUUAUGGAUUUAUGCAAUUGGCUGGAAGCGUAGGACUCACUUUAACGGUGCGGAAACUAGGAAAGCGAUAUUUGACUUUAUCAACGUUGUGCAUAAACACGCUGGCAAUAUUCGUGUUCGCUAUAUACUUCGUAUGUAUUAAUAACACACUGAUUAGUCCCAAAGCCUACGUGCCAAUGGUACUCUACUCGAUCAUCAUGUUCUCUGGAGCUAUGGGCAUGUUGACCGUGCCAUGGACGUUGGUCAGCGAGAUAUAUCCUAAUGAAGCUAAAAGUUUCGCUUCUAGUCUGACGACUGCAAUUUUUUACAUUCUAACGUUUUCGGCGACCAAAGUAUAUUUAAGUGUCGAAAAUACUUUGGGCCUGAAUAACACCUUCUUCAUGAUGGCAGCUUCCAGUUUUGUUGGAUUCGUAUACCUCUACAGAAAUAUGCCGGAGACCGAGAACAAAACUUUAAUGGAAAUUGAAGAAUUUUUUGUACCCAAAAGCGAACAAACUUCUUCUGAGAUAUCACCUGAACCCCAAGCCGUAUGAUGUAUUCUAUUUUUAUUUUUUUUUUUUAGUGUACAUAAACGGUUUAGUAUUAAAAAAGUUACCUUGGACGAUGUAUAUACAAAUUUGAAUUAUUACAUAUUAUUUCGAUUGUGCUAUUAUCGUAUGUGACAGUUGCAAUGGUAUUUUUAUGGGAUUUGCAUUGUUAUAUUAUUAAAACAUCAGAUUCUAUAAAUAUAUUAUGUUUCGCGUACUCAGUAAUAUGCGAAGAUCACAAUAACGAACGUUCAUUAUUGUGAUAUGUAAAAUAAUCCAAAUUCCUUGUUUUGUGUUUGAACACAACUUUUAUUAACUUUUAGCACUCGUUUAUUUAAUUUAUUAUACGUUAUAUAAUAUUCAAUGUUAGAAUUCGUGAUACUUAUAAUUUUUAAAAGCAACUUAUUAAAACAUAAUAUGUUUCACCAUCUAUUUAGUGAAGUUUGUACAACAUUAUUUUAACAAGAACAAUCUUCUUAUUAAAAUUUAAACCACAUUAAUAUAUUAUAUUAUUUAACAACUUCUUAAACAUCUUUGCUCACGAAAUAUACUAAAAUCUACAAUUUUAGGAAUAACUUAUUUUUAUCCAGCAUAAUAAUACAUAUUAACUUUUUUUUAUAUUGGGAAUAUAGUUUUUAUUACGUUGAGUGUCGACAUAAAGACAUUUUAAUGGAUCAUAUUAAUUAGUGUUGUUAUUAAUUUUUCUGUAGUUAAUAAUAUAUAACAUAUAAAUACGUACAAUAUAGUAUUGUAUUAUAAUUUGUAGUAAUUAAUUUAAUUUUUGUUAUUGCUUUUAUCAUUAAUUAUUGAAUGUGCUAAUAAAUGUAUAUAUAUAAAUAGAAUAGAAAAAAUAAAAAUACACUGUGUACAAAAUAAUUGUUUUAUACAAAUCAAAUAUCAUUAUUUCAAUUAAAUAUUCUUAUUUCUUAACACUA